GGCCCGUAUUAUUAUCAGCCUUUUCGGGGACAAGAGAAGGGGAUCAAAUCGCCGAUAAGAGCCCCUGACAUCAAUCGGGGCUUUUUUCGACCAAGAGAAACCCUAACCCUAGAUUUGUUUUCCCGUCCAAUUUCGAUCUUUGGGAGAGAAAGGAGAAGAGAAAGAAUCGGAGGCGAUGGGGGAUCAUCACAGCGGCUGCUGCCCGUCAAUGGAUCUGAUGCGAUCCGAGGCGAUGCAGCUCGUUCAGGUCAUCAUCCCGAUGGAGUCCGCUCAUCUCACCGUCUCCUACCUCGGCGAGCUCGGCCUCCUGCAGUUCAAAGAUCUUAAUGCAGAUAAGAGUCCGUUCCAGCGAACAUAUGCUGCCCAGAUUAAAAGGUGUGGGGAGAUGGCACGAAAACUUCGUUUCUUUAAAGAAAAAAUGACAAAGGCAGGUAUAUCACCUUCAGCAACGACCAUAGAAAGAAACCAUAUAGAUCUCGAUGACCUGGAGAUAAGGCUUGGUGAACUGGAAGCUGAGCUGAUUGAAGUUAAUGCCAAUACUGAAAAGCUGCAAAGAACUUAUAACGAGCUGUUGGAGUAUAUGCUUGUUCUACGAAAGGCUGGUGAAUUUUUUCACUUAGCUCAAAAUGAUGCCACUGCCCAACAGAGAGAAAUUGAAGCUCGCCAAGUAGGGGAUGGUCUUGAAAGUCCUUUGCUGUUGGAGCAAGAAAUGCUAACUGAUCCGUCAAAACAAGUAAAGCUUGGUUUUGUUAGCGGCCUUGUAUCGAAAGCAAAGUCCAUGGCUUUUGAAAGAAUUCUGUUCCGUGCUACUCGGGGUAACAUAUUCCUUAAACAGUCUGUUGUUGAUGAACCUGUCACAGAUCCAGUUUCUGGAGAGAAGGUGGCAAAAAAUGUGUUUGUAAUAUUUUAUUCUGGAGAAAGAGCAAAAUCCAAGAUUCUGAAGAUAUGUGAAGCUUUUGGAGCAAACCGUUACCCAUUUACGGAGGAUCUAGGCAAGCAAAUGCAGAUGAUUGAUGAGGUGUCUGGAAAAAUUUUGGAGCUAAAGACAACUAUAGACAUUGGAUUGGUUCAUCGUAAUAAUCUACUGAAGAAUAUUAGCUACCAGUUUGAGCAGUGGAAUACUUUGGUGAGGAAGGAGAAGUCUGUGUACCACACUUUGAACAUGCUCAGCCUUGAUGUUACGAAAAAAUGUUUAGUCGCUGAAGGCUGGAGCCCUGUUUUUGCUACUAACCAGAUUCAGGAUGCAUUACAACGGUCUACUUUUGAUAGCAAAUCCCAAGUUGGGUCCAUUUUCCAAGUUUUGCAUACUACAGAACUGCCCCCCACGUAUUUCAGGACAAACAAAUUUACUACAGCGUUCCAGGAAAUUGUGGAUGCAUAUGGGAUUGCCAGAUAUCAAGAAGCAAAUCCUGGCGUAUACACUAUUGUCACAUUUCCAUUUCUGUUUGCAGUCAUGUUUGGUGACUGGGGUCAUGGUUUGUGCUUGUUGGCUGCUACACUAUAUUUCAUAUUCCGAGAAAAGAAACUAUCUUCUGAGAAACUUGGGGAUAUCAUGGAGAUGACGUUUGGUGGUCGGUAUGUAAUUAUGAUGAUGGCAGUUUUCUCAAUAUAUACUGGGUUUAUCUACAAUGAGUUCUUUUCUGUUCCUUUUGAGAUUUUUGGGCCGUCUGCCUAUGCAUGCCGUGAUGCUUCCUGCAGAGAUGCUACUACAGCAGGGUUAAUCAAGGUGAGGCCUGCAUAUCCGUUUGGUGUGGACCCGAAAUGGUAUGGCAGCCGAAGUGAAUUGCCGUUCCUGAACUCAUUGAAGAUGAAAAUGUCCAUCCUUAUUGGUGUUGCACAAAUGAACCUUGGCAUCUUCUUAAGUUAUUAUAAUGCCAAAUUCUUCAGGAACAGUAUUAACGUCUGGCACCAGUUUAUUCCUCAGUUGAUCUUUUUGAACAGCCUGUUUGGUUACCUGUCACUACUCAUCAUAGUGAAAUGGUGCACUGGUUCAAAAGCUGAUCUUUAUCAUGUAAUGAUAUACAUGUUCCUUAGCCCAACUGAUGAUCUUGGUGAAAACCAGCUGUUUCCUUAUCAGAAACCACUGCAGCUCACAUUACUAUUGCUUGCACUCAUUUCUGUUCCAUGGAUGUUACUUCCGAAGCCUUUUCUCCUAAAGAAGCAACAUGAAGAAAGACACCAGGGUCAAUCCUAUGCCCUUCUUCACAGUACUGAUGUCGAUGUACUCGAGGAGCAAGAUCAUGGUUCACAUGAUCAUGAAGAGUUUGAAUUUAGUGAAGUUUUUGUCCACCAGCUCAUUCACACCAUUGAGUUUGUCCUGGGAGCAGUUUCAAAUACUGCCUCCUAUCUUCGUCUGUGGGCUCUAAGUCUUGCUCACUCAGAAUUGUCAACUGUGUUUUAUGAGAAGGUUCUUCUUCUUGCUUGGGGGUACAGCAAUAUAUUUAUUCUCAUUAUCGGUGCAAUCGUGUUCAUCUUUGCCACUGUUGGUGUUCUGCUUGUCAUGGAAACUCUCAGUGCCUUCUUACAUGCUUUGAGGCUUCACUGGGUGGAGUUUCAGAACAAGUUUUAUGAGGGAGAUGGAUACAAGUUUGCGCCCUUUUCAUUUGCAUUGCUCGCCGAUGAAGAGGAAUAAGUAGUAAUUGGUUAGAUAUUUCUUCUCAAAUUCUUGAUUUAUUUGUACUUAUAAUGGAGCGUUGCUUCAAGCUGCAUGGUGGGUGAGAAAAGUGAAAAUAAAGUCGCUGAAAAGAUCCCUGAUCGAUCUUUUUCUCCAUCGGUGUCAGGGAGUUCUAUGCCUGUAUUAGGCUGUGACCCACAUUAAGUGUAUGAUGAUAUAGUAUAAGACCAAAAAAAAAUAUUUAAUUAAGAAGGGUCAAUUUGAAAUAAUAAAUUCAUGUAGUUCAUGACCUUAUAUUACCAGUAUUAUGUUGUUGUUAUUGCAAGUUCCCCCUUUUAUUUGUGUGA